AUGGCGAAGAACAGUCGCGUGUCGUGGGCAGCAGCGUCAGCCGCGCUUGCGGUGCUGACGAUGGUUGCCAUCGUGUUCAUGGCAGGUUGGGAAUCCGAGGAGGAUGAACACUACCAGGUCGUGGAGGAGGCAUCACCCGUCAGGGGGGUUCAGUGGAACCCGAGGAUGGUGUUGGGACGCGACAUCACUUCUGCCUCCAAGAACAUCGACAUGCUCAAGAAAGUUUUGGCCAACGCCAAGAAGAAGCUCAACAGUAGGAUUUCAGUCAUCAUCGAUGCGAUGACGUUGAAGAACCAAGGACGGCCUGGAGUGCAAGGUCCACAGGGAAAGAAGGGACCCCAAGGGUAUGCAGGACCUCCUGGAGCCCAGGGAAAGCGUGGAAGCCCUGGUAUAGUGGGACCCAAGGGCCCAAGAGGACAUCCUGGACAGAAGGGAUACCGAGGAGAGACGGGAGAUAUUGGAGAAAAAGGCCCUCAGGGCUACAUCGGAAGCCCAGGGGGGAAAGGAUACAUCGGACCCAUCGGACAGAGGGGACCAACGUAA